CUUCUCUCCGGCAUCCGCCGUUCGCCUUACAUGCGGCGCUCCGACGACAACAGCAUCGCUGACAGUAGUGCCGAGGGCGGCCCCGCCGCCGCCUCUCUCGCGAUGUCCGAGUCGCGGCAGAGUUCUAGCGGGCUGCGCAACAUGGCAGUGUGUGUGAAGGAGGUGGCUCCAGAGCUGCAAAGCUGCCAGCUACUGCCUGGUGUGCCCAGCAUCAUUCAGUGCAAGGCGGAUGUCACCGUCUCUUUGGACCCCACUGACUGCACUAGCCCAUGAGCCUUGAGCAGGUGCCCUUCCCUAUAACAUUUAUGGAGGCACCUGGAAGCGCGACAGGCAGGCAAGAGAUGGAUUUACUCUCUGUGUCAAAGGCAGUUGGAUUUGGGGGUGGGUGAGGAACAUGAUUUUAUUUUUUCUGCAUCUGUUAAUAAAUGUGUU